AUGUCGGAACGCAAAGUACUACAGAAGUACUACCCUCCCGACUUUGACCCGAGCGCUCUUCAGCGUCGUCGUGGUCCCAAGAACUCUGGACCUCGCAUUCAGCAGGUUCGCAUAAUGUGUCCAUUUACUAUGCGCUGCACACGCUGUGGAGCCUUCUCAAAUCGUGGUUUGAAGAAGAACGCUCGCAAGGAGACUCCGCCAGACGAAAAGUACCUAGGUAUACAGAUUGUUAAGCUUAGUUUCCGGUGCUCAUCCUGCAGCUCGGAGAUCAUCAUCAAGACCGACCCAAAGAACCAAGACUACGUUGUAGUCAGUGGAGCGGUGAGGAACAAUGAGCCGUGGAGGAAUCGCGCGGCUGAGGACGAGAGCGUCGAACAACGUCUGGACAGGUUGGAAAGGGAGGAAGCGGAAGCCGCAGGCGAGGAAGAAUUGGACAAAAUGGAAGAACUAGAAGCCAAGAACCAGGAUGCUCAACGAGAGAUGGCCGCCGCCGAUGCCUUGGACGAAAUCCGACACAGAAAUGCACGCAUCAACCGAUCCGAGAAAGAUGGUGUGGAUUUUGUAGAUACUAUCGUACGAACAGAAGACGAAGAGAAAGAACGACAGGAAAAGGAGGACGAAGAAGCAGCCAAGGCAGCAUUCGCUGCGGCACGAGCUCAGGUAGAGAGCUCUGCGAAGGUUGCUGAACCAGAAGAAAUACCCAUUGAGCCGCAAGCCCCAGCAACCUUCAAGAGGGCGGUUAAGAAGAAGAAGGACCAUGCAGCUGCCCUGGGGAUCAAAAAGAAGUCGUCAUGA